UAAAAUAUAAUUGAGAAAUAAUUGAGAAAUAAAUUUUAGGACAGCUUUAGGUGACACACACAGCACCUACCUAUUUGAUAUACAUACAGGUAUUUGUAUAAUACAACAACAACAACACCACCACCAAUAGGUAUGGACAGACAACAAACAGCACCAGUCGAUGAUACCAACAAUAUUAGUAGUAGUAGUAGUAGUAGUAGUAGUAGUAGUAUAGAUCCAGAAGCCAGACAGGUAUUGAUGGAAAUGGUCGAUAGGGUAGUAGCCGAUGAUGAAAACAACAACAACCCCAACCCCAACAAUACCAUAGAUGAUGAUAGAGAUAUGUAUGUGUAUCCGCAGGUCAGUCAGUUAGUAUCAGAAAUGGUCGACCGAGUAGUCGAUUUGGACGACAACAACAAUCCUCAACAACAACAACAACAACAACAGCAGCAGCAGACAGUCGGUGCAGACAAUGCUAGUCGUCGUCGUCCACCUUAUCGUCCGACCAGACAUAGACCACGAACCAAAUCAAUUGAAACUGAUAGCUGGUAUACACCACCCGAACCGGUUAGGCCGGCACCACUUGACGGCAGGAGGAGUUGGUCGGUAGACAAUAUCAAUCGGUUGCGGCAGUCAUUGUCGACUGAUUUCUAUCGUUUAGUUGAACCCAAAGCCAUACGACCUGAUCAACAGCAACAGCUCAGACGGUUAGCACCCAGACUACCGUCGUUUUUUGAUACCCCGGCCGGUUCAGGACCGCAGCCACACUUGUUUAUGAGCGGACUGGACGGCUAUGUAGGUAAGGGCAGCGGCAGCGGUAGUCCAGGUAAACCCAGCAGAAAAGGUGAACUAUUCCAACACAAUGCCGAUACUAUUGAAUCCCUAUCGGACAAUGACUAUCGGCAACUGUGCCAGGAGUUGUUUUACUAUGGUUUAAAUUUAGACAAUCAGGUGAUUGGCCAGGGCUCAAUUGGACAGGUAGUUAGUGGUACUUAUGGACCAAAUAUUAGAAACAAUUUGAUGGCCAUUGAGGCCGAGUAUCUCAAUGUUGACGGCUUGGGCGGUAUAAUAGUUAACCAACGGUUUGCCGCCAAAUACAUACACUUUUCUCCGACUACUACUGGCCUAUUCAUACGUUAUCAAUUCAAUCAGGAGAAGCUGGUAAUGAAACGAAUCGGUCGACACCCCAAUUGUGUAACCUAUAGACUAGCCAUCAGUUUAGGUGUGAGGAAACUGAUUACCUACCGAAGCGAUCGAUUCUAUAGCUAUGAACAUAACCUAUUGUUGAUGGAUUAUGCUGACCAAGGUAAUCUAUUGAAUUUCGUAGAUAGACUAAAACGGAAGUUUACGGCCGGUAUGUGUAUCCAAUUUAUGCGUGAACUGCUGGCCGGGCUCAGGUAUCUACAUAGUUUGCUGAUAACACACGGUGAUAUACAUGCAGGUAAUGUAUUGAUUUUUACGGUCAACAACACCAACAGCGCCAACAACAAACAGGUAACACCAGUGCCACCACUAGUGUCAGUUAUACCCAUACCAUCAUCAGCACCAUCACCAACCUAUGUGGCCAAAUGGUGUGAUUUUGGUUUAGCACAGAUCAGGGCCAGUGGUCUAACCGAUGAUAGAUAUCAUAAAAAAUUGUCAACAGAUUUGGAAAGUUUGGGCCAAUUGUUUCAGUAUUCAAUGAUUAUGUGGGUUCAGUGCUAUGAUAAUGAUGGCCAACCCCUUGGUGGAGGACGAGGAGGACGAGGAGGACGAGGAGGUAGAGUACACCCGGACCUAGUAGUAUGGCUAGAGUUAGCUGACAGUUUGAAAACUAUUGGCACCGAUAUCAAUGAUAUCUAUCGUAUAUAUCCUAAUUUAUUUGUGGGUUAAUUAGUUUUUUUAGUUGAACAGGUGUGUCGGGUAAGGGUGUGUAUGUGUGCCCAACCAUUUUGGCUAUAGUCAUAUAUAACCAGUGUUUUGUAAAUAAUAAUUAU